AAGUCAUGUGAUUAGAAGCAUACAAAACAAGCUUUGCUUUCAGUCAGUUCAUGGUAAUAGCCUUUACUCAUUGUAAUAACGUGGAGUUGGGAUCAGGUACAAGAAUAGAUAAUGGCUCCGACAUGGCCAGGUUUGGUCAUUUUGUUGCAGCUUUUUAUUGUUCAAGUGAAGUUAUGUGAAAUACCACCUGGAAAUACACGUCUGAUUCAGUCUCUAAAUCUGAAACUGUUGAGAGCAACACUUGAUACUUCUAAUAUUGCGAAUCCUAGUGUCUACGUUGGACUUCGACUUUCAGAAGCUCACCAUCUUCAAACAGAGGUUAAUUAUCUCCAAAAACUCAAAGUUUCUAUGCAGACUCUUGCUAGCAGUGCAAAUAAAGAAGAAGCAAGCACUGGCAUUCUUGCCCUCCACUUGCUGGCCCUGAAAGCUUCCUGUGAGAACAUGGACACACCAGAGAGCAAGAAGUUAAUUACUAACCUUAAAUUGCAACUUCAUGAAGAGAAGAGAGAAUUGGUGAUGAAACAAAGACUCAAGUCAAACUACUACCAAUACAGUCUAGGGGUUUUGGCACUAUGUGUCAAUAAAAAGAAAGUGGAUAAACAUAUCAUUAAUAAACUCCUGGAUGCUGAAGAACACAAUAAAUUUGACCAUGGAGAGAGCAUCUCUAUUGACACCGAGGCCAUGGCAGGUCUUGCAUUUUUGUGCUUGAAACGUUCUGAUGAAUAUCCCACUGACCUUAAAAGACAUCUUGGUAAAGCUAUCGAAAGUGUGAAACAAAAGAUAUUGGAUGAAAAAAGUACUGAUGGAUUAUAUGGAAAUAUUUACAGCACACCCCUUGCUGUUCAGUUCCUCUCUGUCAUGGGAAUAAAACAUACACAGGCUUGUUCCAAAACCAUAGACUCCCUACUGGAAGCCAUCAAACAAGGAAAGUUUGCAAACCCAAUGAUGAUGUCUCAGUUAAUGCCUGUUUUACACCACAAGUCUUACCUGGAUGUGGAAAAGGUAGACUGUACCUCUAAGACUGAUAACACAUUGUUAAACCCCAGUUCAGUUCUCCCUGCGGUUAGUACAGGUGAAGACCUUCUUAAAGUCCAGCUUGUAGUGGAAGCAACUCCAGGACAGGCCAUCACCCAUGAUAUUUAUGUCCCAUCUCGUUCCUCCCUUCUGGACGUCCUGCAAAAAGAAAAAAAUCAGAAUCCAAAUUUCAAAUUUGAAACAAAGGAUUCUCUAUAUGGUCCAUAUUUGUCCUCUGUCAAUGGGGUAGCAGCCUCGUUGGAGGAAAGAACCUACUGGCAGCUUCUUAAGCAUCCAAACAUUUCUCUGGUAGAAGGUAUUGCUGAUUACAGACCUGAAGAUGGGGAGAGAAUCCUCCUUCGCUUAAGCAAGUGGUAACCGGUGCAAUCUGACCUCAAGAUCUCUACCAUCAAUUUGUGGAGCUAGAUAACCAAUCUCUGCCAACAGAACUCAACAUUAGUAACAAAUUAAACCCAGUUCCAAAUCCCCACAAAAUGAGAGAUAAUGUAUAAUGCUCGAAUAAUUGUUUUCCUAACAUAAUAUGUAGAUUUGUAUCUAUGAUUGAAAUUUACACUUGUAUAGAUAACCAGUGUAAACUGGACUACUCUGAAUCUGAUCAAUGGCAUACACCGCUAGUUAACCUUGUCCCCUAAAUGUUAAGAAUACAACAAAUGAUGCUAUUUAAUAUAUGAGAAUAAUUAUUAUAAAAACAUUCCUGUCGGCUGUCUUCCAUUAACUUACUGUACUCUGUGGAAUAAUUAACAGGAAUGAGACCUUUAAUGUAAGUUUCCAAUCACUGUCCUGUGUCUUGCAGUUCAUAUUUGUAUAUUUGCAUAGUAACCGCUAUUGAUGAAUCAAUUUUAAACAAUUCUAUAAAACCACACUUGC